GGUUCUCUGCUGACGUGCCUUCAGUAAAGUGCAGACAUGACGUCUGCAGAUGCUGAGUUGGCCAUCUUUGGGGAGGCAGCUCCUUACCUCCGGAAGUCAGAGAAGGAGAGAAUCGAGGCCCAGAACAAGCCUUUUGAUGCCAAGACAUCCGUCUUUGUGGUUCAUCCUAAAGAAUCCUUUGUGAAAGGGAAAAUUGAGAGUAAGGAUGCAGGCAAGGUCACUGUCAAGACUGAAGGGGGAGAGACCCUGACUGUGAAGGAAGAUCAAGUCUUCGCCAUGAACCCUCCCAAGUACGACAAAAUCGAGGACAUGGCCAUGAUGACCCACCUCCACGAACCCGCUGUGCUGUACAACCUCAAAGAGCGUUACGCAGCCUGGAUGAUCUACACCUACUCGGGUCUCUUCUGCGUCACUGUCAACCCCUACAAGUGGCUGCCCGUGUACAACCCAGAGGUGGUGUUGGCCUACCGAGGCAAGAAGCGCCAGGAGGCCCCUCCACACAUCUUCUCCAUCUCUGACAAUGCCUAUCAGUUCAUGCUGACUGGUGAGUAG